AUUUCUUCCCCCUCGGGAAAAGCUUAUGUGAGGAUUUUCUUUUUUUAACAGUUCAUUCCGUGAAACCAUUUUUUAAAAUUGUUUGCUGUUAGAAAAUGUUGGAGCUGAACACAAGGCUUUCAUUGCAGGUCGCUAUCGAGAGAACUAGGAAAGGAUGUAGACGUGGUGUUGAUGUUUCUCUUCAGGCUGUGUCUGAGGAAGCCAACUUUUAUAGUGCAUCCAUAGGAAGCGUCUCCACUACAGCCUUUCACCACGCAGGAGGAAGACUGAAGAUGCAGGCAGCUGGCAAAUGUGAAAGCUAUGAAGAGGUGUUGUGAGGCUGACGGUGUUUUUUAUAGAGAGUGUGUUUUCUGGGAAGGACGUAAGAAGGGAGAUAAACAAGUGAUGACUGUGGCAAGCUGAGAAAUAGCUGCGGCAGACCAAGAUGUGCCAAAGAGGAGAUCACUGCAAAAAGGUCCUCAGUCUCCAUUAGCCACCAGCCACAUUGUAGCAGUGUAGGCGUUGCCAUGAGGAUCAGGAGGUGUCCUUUCUGCUUUGCUGUUUAUCUUUUGAUCCUGCUGGGUAAACAUCAGAGAGAGCCUAAUAUGUGGGCAGAGCACACAUUUCAAGAGAACUGUCAAGCUGGUUGCUUGCCAGUACAUACAUGAAUCUGAGUAAAAGUACUCCAAGUCCAGGGGAUUCUGUGGCACUGCAUGAGUGUAAGAACUGGUACGUUUGUUGGGUUAGACUCUACUUUUUGAGAGAUGAUGCCCCGACGAGGAUUUCUUGUAUUAGUCUCUCGGCUUGUAGGCCUGCUGGUGGUGGCCUUUUGCUCUGUGUCCAUCGUUUAUAUGUUGGCUUGCACACCUAAGGGUGAUACUGAGCAGCUUGUCUUGCCCAGGGUUCACAGUCCGACUGCAAAGGAGGGAUAUGAAGCUAUUCUGCAGGAGCGAGAAGAGCAGCACCGCAACUACAUCAUCAGCUUGAAGAAGCAAAUUGCCCAGCUGAAGGCUGAGCUCCAGGGCAAGAGCGAGCAGCUUAAGAGCAUGCAGGACCAUAACCCAAACCCCUUGUACAUUCAUCUUGACCACAGUAAUCCAGAGAAGGCCCAGGUUAAUCUACUGGCAUUUCUCCGUGCCCAAAUAGACAGAGCAGAGGUGCACAGUGGUGUUAAGCUGUCCACAGAGUAUGCAGCUGUACCCUUUGAGAGCUUUACUCUACAGAAGGUGUACCAGUUGGAGACAGGGCUGACGCGCCACCCAGAAGAGAAACCUGUGAGGAAGGAUAAGCGAGAUGAGCUGGUUGAGGUGAUCGAGUUAGCUGUUGGGAAUUUGAACAGCCUGGAGGGGCACAGCAAUACCAAGCACCGUGUAUACACAACUUCAGACUUCGUGGAAGGGAUCUACCGCACAGAAAAAGACAAAGGCACCUUGUACGAGCUGACUUUUAAAGGGGACACAAAACAUGAGUUCAAGAAGGUUGUUCUAUUUCGGCCAUUUGGUCCAGUAAUGAAAGUGAAAAAUGAAAAUGUCAAUAUGGCUGACUCGCUUAUUAAUGUGAUUGUGCCAUUGGCCAAGAGAGCCAGCAAGUUUCGUCAGUUCAUGCAGAAUUUCAGGGAAGUGGGCAUUCAGCAGGAUGGGAGAAUUCACCUCACAGUCGUUUACUUUGGAAAAGAACAAGUAAAUGAGGUCAAAUCUAUACUUGAAAAUACCUCCAAAUCAACCAAUUUCAAGAACUUCACUUUCAUCCAACUGAAUGAAGAGUUUUCCAGGGGCAAAGGAUUAGAUGUUGGUGCUCGAGUUUGGAAAGGAAGUAAUGUUGUUCUCUUUUUUUGUGAUGUGGACAUAUACUUCACAGCUGAAUUCCUGAACUCCUGUAGAUUGAACACACAGCCAGGAAAGAAAGUUUUCUAUCCUGUACUCUUCAGCCAAUAUAAUCCCAGUAUAAUUUAUGGCCAUCAAGAUUCCAUACCAUCUUUAGAACAGCAGCUGAUUAUUAAAAAAGAAACUGGAUUUUGGAGAGACUUUGGUUUUGGAAUGACUUGCCAGUACAGAUCUGAUUUUAUCAACAUAGGUGGCUUUGAUCUGGACAUUAAAGGCUGGGGUGGUGAAGAUGUACAUCUGUACCGCAAAUACCUUCACAGCAAUCUCAUCGUGAUCAGAACACCCGUCAGGGGUCUCUUCCAUCUCUGGCAUGAAAAACAAUGUCUGGACGAGCUGACCCCAGAGCAGUACAAAAUGUGCAUGCAAUCCAAAGCCAUGAAUGAGGCUUCUCACGGCCAGCUAGGGAUGCUUGUAUUCAGGCAAGAGAUUGAAACUCACCUCCACAGACAGAAACUGAGCAGUAAGAAGACCUGAAGCCAGAAAUUUGCUAACAAAAGAUGGGUUAAGACUGAAAGAGAAUGAAGAUUUCAACGGGCUGGAAGCAAAAGCAGAUGAGGGAAAGCGCUUGUCCUCACUUCUUCUGACUUUCCUUAAUAGGGCUUUUAAAUUCUCCGUUAGCUUGUUCAGCACUUGCUUCCAGGGGAGACUUGAACGCUUGGUGAGAUAAAAGGUCAUGGAGACAAUGAAGGUUUCAUAAAUAUCACUGUGAUACAGUAAUGAAGGAGAUGCUCUUCCACUGGAAUGUUUGUAAGAUGCAUGCAGUUGUUUAAAAGAUUGACCCUUCGGUGGAUCAGUAAUAAUGAGCUAUUUUCUACGUAUCUAAAAAAACCUGUGUUCAAAGAUACAGAGUACCUGCUCUGAAAAGGAAAUCUGAUUAUUAACAGAGGUUAAGCUGGAGUGACCAAAAGUCUUUUUUCCUUUUUGGGAGUUGGGUGGGGGGGACAGCUGCAGUGUACUUACAGGAUUAUUCACCAGUUUAUUCAGUGACAAGAGCCAUUUCAGUGCUUUCUAAAAUUCAGAAAGAGAAAAUCCUGCCAGUCAACUGUGAUUUUUCCAGAACAUGUGAGGUUAGUGUUAUUCUAUUUUGUGGACGGUAAACCAAAAGCAAUCGUCUCUGUCUGUAUCACAUGAAUCAGAUGGUGUAUUUCUGUUUUAGAAUACUGUAAGUAUCUCAACAUUCUUUCUUUAAAAUGGAUUUGGUUUUGCCUGGGAAUUAAGUUGUCAAUACUUGUGGUUUUCAAAUUCUAGCCUUACUAGGAAACAGUACAACCUUCCAAUGCUUGGAAAAUGUUCUGCAGUUCUGUUUUUCCUGGAUGGGAACUUUGCUCAGAUAAAUGAAUUGAUUUUACUGUAGAAUCUGAGUGCUGGAAAAAAGAAGCUUUAUGCUGGAGAAGAGGAAACGUAUUUCAACUUGGAGUACUGGUUUAGCAGGAAACUUCAAAUUCUGAAUGCCAGUUACAAAAGUUAAUGAAAAUUUUCUGUCUUUAUACCAAAGUAUUCCAUCUGAACCAAAUCUAGAAUCUUGCCCAGGGCAUAGCAGAUUUUGUAAUUAACAAAAUAAAUUUUUUUAAUGAAUUACUGAA